AUGGGAGCUAAGUGCUCAUGUUAUAAACAAGAAUCGUUUAAAGAAAGCCAAAUUACUAUCGAAAAGCCAAUUGGCGGAGUAAAAGACACAAGCUACGACUACAUUCAUCCUUCCACACCUGAAACUAAGCCCCAAUCUCCUAUAAAGAUGAACCUUUCCGACCUAAUUAAAUUGCAAAAUAUCGCCAGAGGGUACAUUGCCCGACGUCAAAUAAAAUCUGUUAAAGGCAGCCAAAUAACCCAAGUCCAAUUUCCAUCUCAAUCAGAACAUUCAAAAGAACCAUCUCCAGACAAUCUUUCAAAAUUCCAAGACAUCCCUUACAAGCCUCCUAUUAGAACAGAAUUAAAGCCAGCUCCAGAAUCCAAAACUCGUGAAUAUUAUAAUAAAUUUGUAGAGACCGCAGAGCGAAAUCUAGGCACCUACACAACAGGGGAAAUUUUUGAUGACCCCACACCUCGGAUUGAGCGAGGUCCAAUUGAAAUUGAAAAUAAAGCCAUUUAUACAGGUGAAUGGAACGACAAAAACCAACGGUAUGGCUUUGGCAUGCAGAUAUGAAAUGAUGGUUCUAAAUAUGAAGGAUUAUGAAAAAAUGACAUGGCAAAUGGAAAAGGAAGGCUAAUACACGCUGAUGGUGACGUGUAUGAAGGAGAAUGAAAAAAUGAUAAAGCCCAUGGAUUCGGGCUUUAUACACAUACUGACCUUACAAGAUAUGCCGGGAAGUGAGAAAAUGAUAAACAGCAUGGAAAAGGGGUAGAAACUUGACCAGAUGGAGCGAAAUAUGAAGGAGAUUAUUUUUACGGAAAAAAACAAGGAUAUGGAAAAUUUCGAUGGGGAGAUGGGAGUAUCUAUGAAGGAGAAUUUUAUAAUAAUAAUAUACAUGGAAAAGGAGCUUAUAAAUGAAGUGAUGAUAGGAAGUAUAGUGGGGAGUGAAAGGAUAAUAAAAUGCAUGGAAGAGGAGUUUUUACCUGGCCGGAUGGGAGGAAAUAUGAUGGGGAGUAUAUUGAAGACAAAAAGCAAGGGUUUGGAGUUUUUAAUUGGCCUGAUGGAAGAAAAUAUGAAGGAUAUUGGUUUAACGGCAAACAACAUGGAAGGGGUAAGUAUUGGACUGCACAAGGAGUCGCGAGAGAGGGAGAGUGGAAAGAGGGGAAAAGGGUAAAAUGGGAUAUUUAA